AUGCGACCACCGACGAAAACCUUGCUGCUCCUCGUGGUCGCCUUCCUUGGAACGACGACGGCCGUCGCCGACCAAGUUGCGGCCGCCGACAGCACCGACAUUGCGAACCAAAUUGUUCAGCAGCUUCAAACCCUUGGUCAUCACAAAUACCCUAGUUUGAGUUCACCCCGUUCUGCAAACCACGCUUCGGCCAGCAAUAUUCACUACGAUGCGUCGCCCUAUUACGAGCCUUACGGUGGCAGCCCGCACGAUACGCCCACGUACAUCAAGUUCCAAGAGCCGGAGCCCACCAUGGACCCCAACAUUACGCCCAGUGGGAUUAACGUGAACGCCGCCCUCGGUUACAUCUCCUAUCUCGUUCUGCUCGUCCUGCUGCAGGGUGCCGUGGAAGGAGUGGCUGCACGUUCGUCUCGGCGCCGCCGAUCCGUGCGAUCUUUGGGAGGCGCGAGCAGCGAAGACCUCUUGGGCCGCGGUCUCGAGCUUAUGAACGACAUGGGCCUCCUGAGGGCCGAGAGUCUGGCCACCCUUCCCGAGAGCGUGCUCGCCGCCCUCGGCAAACAGGUCGAGCUGCAGCACAAAUUCGGCUCCAAAAAGGUGCAGCGAAUGCUCAAGAAUAAGAAAAAUAAGAUGUCGAACAAACAGAGCGCAUGAUUUGCAUUUUCGUGCUUGUUGGUUUUCCUAAUUUAUUGUUUUUCAUGCCUAAUUUAUGUUUUGGUACCUCGACAGAGACGGCAGUUUUUGUUUGGAGUAAAAAUAUACUUAAUAAAAGCAAGGUGCACACGCCGUGAAA